CAUAGGAAUAAUAGCAGACGACAGAAAAAGCAGAAGCAAGCAGAAGUCAAAUCUUUAUAGAUUUACAUUAAAAAAAGAAAAAAAUCAAGACUACUUGGAUUAAUUUCCAUUGAUAGAAAUUGGUAAAUUGAUAAAAUGGCUGCAGUGAAAUUUGGUCCGCAUUUAAAAGAAUUAAGAAUUUUACUUUGUCAAACGUCAAAGUCAAGUCAAGGUGCUAGGGAAUUUAUUGAACAACAAUAUGUGUCUCUAAAAAACACCAAUCCUUAUUUUCCAAUUUUAAUUAGAGAAUGUUCAUCAAUUGAACCAAGAUUAUAUGCUCGUUUUGAAUUUGGAAAAGAGACAUGUGUACCAUUAGCAAAUUUAAAAUCUGACGAUAUUCUCGGCAAAGUUAAGGAACUCUCUAAUUCUCAGUGAUGAUAGAUCAUCUGUCAACUAUAUAAAGUAUAUAAUUUAUUUAGUUUGUUGAAUGCCUGUACAAAAAGUAUGUAAGUUAAAGCGAAAUUAUUAAAUUGUUUUAAAAACAUAAA